AUGUCUGUGGAGGAAAUACUGAGGCUGCGGGGUAAUGUCAGUGUGACCUCAGGAGUCACCAUGCUGCAAGCCAAGCUGACUGUGAGCUUCCUGAAGAGGAUUCACCACGGAGCCUGCUCCCCCUGUCUGUUCCCUCUGUCAGACCGCUUCCUUCACGAGGAGGCGACAACCAGGACCAGACAUGGACUCCACUCACACUCCAGCGUGUCCGGAAGAGGGCUUUACAGCCAGGGUGCGAUCCGUCCAUCGGUCAGACUGCAUGAAGCUCAGCUCCAUGGGAGGAGAUCCUUCAGCCUGUCACCUGCUGCCAUUGUGAAUUCAGCUCCAGCUCCUGUCCAGCCAUACCUGCGGCUGAUGAGGCUCGACAAACCCAUUGGAACCUGGCUGCUGUACCUCCCGUGCACGUGGAGCAUUGCUCUGGCGUCUGACCCUGGAUGCCUCCCACAUCUGGGCAUGCUCACUCUGUUUGGUGCAGGCGCUCUGCUAAUGAGAGGAGCCGGCUGCACCAUCAACGACAUGUGGGAUAAAGACUUUGACACAAAGGUGUCAAGGACAGCCACUCGACCCAUCGCCUCGGGGGAAAUUUCUCGAAUGCAGGCACUGGUCUUCUUGGGAGGGCAGCUCUCUCUUGCACUCGGAGUUCUGUUGUGUCUCAACAACUACAGCAUCGCUCUGGGCGCUGCCUCGUUGUCUCUUGUUGUCUCCUACCCACUGAUGAAGAGGAUCACCUACUGGCCACAGUUUGUGUUAGGCCUCACCAUUAACUGGGGGGCUCUGCUCGGCUGGUCUGCGGUUCAAGGCUCCUGUGAUUGGUCCGUGUGUCUCCCGCUGUAUUUCUCAGGACUGAUGUGGACACUGAUCUACGACACCAUAUAUGCACAUCAGGAUAAGGAAGACGACAUCAAGGUAGGAGUCAAAUCUACUACGCUGAGGUUCCAGGAGCAAACCAAACCUUGGCUGAGCGGCUUCACGGUGGCCAUGAUGUCAGGACUGGUUGUAGCUGGUGUCAAUGCUGAACAGACUCUCCCUUACUAUGCUGUACUGUCUGCAGUGGCCGUCCACCUAACACACCAGAUUUACACACUGCACAUCAACAAACCAGAGGACUGCUGGAAGAAAUUCGUCUCAAACAGAAACCUCGGACUGUUGUUGUUUUUAGGGAUUGUUGUUGGAAAUCUAUGGAAAGAAAGAAGAGAGACUUUGCUGCAAAAUGAAGAUACGCUCAGAUAAGUGACAAUCAAUGCACAGUAUAUUUAAUUUAAUUUACAGUACAUCACAUACAGUACUUAAUCAUUGCAGUGUCUUUUUAUAUUUUUACAAAGCUCCAUAAAUGAUUAAAAGAGGUUCUUUAAGCUUAAAUCACACAAUAAAUAUCUUACUCAUAAAAUAAAGUUUAUUGUUGUUGACCUUUAUCACUAAUAUAACUAUGGAUGAGCAGUUGUUGUUCACAUAAAUGCAAAUAAACGCCUUAAACCUGCA